AUGGCCACUCGACAUCAGAGUCCGCAAUUCCUGAGGUUGCUUCAAAACAAAGGCGCUUCUACGGUACAAAAAAAGAGACUCUGUGAGUGUCGCGGGACACUCUCCAGUAUAGCUCAAUGGAUCGUUGAGGUGCGCAAACCGUCACACCACGGUAAGGUCCAGUCUUUUCGUGACGGAUCGAUAAGAUACGAUGUGGUCAACAUGUACGCCGAGUCAGCUUCAGACACAGGUACUGGGCCUAGCAUAUGUGUCAACACCGAUGCUUCACUGCCGUACAACCAUGAUUUAAUUGAGAGCCUUAUUGUUAAGAAAAAAAUAAAGGUGGAUGGGGGAGGGACUUGGUGCUGGCUUAACACAAUCAUUCCGAGGUGCCUACACCUCCAGACAUUCACUCAGGCAAUCUGA